CACUUUAAUUACGUGUCUCUUUUUGUCUCUUUCUUUUCUUCUUCAUUCAUUCACUCAUUCUUCUCUUUUCUUCAUUCCUUUAUUCCUUUUUUAUAUAUAUCCCCAUCUUCUCCUUCAAGUUCCAUUGACUCUUUGAGAAACAUAAUCUGACGCACUCUUUACAUAAGUAGAAAUAAAACAAAAAUGGAUUUAGUACCCUAUAUCUUUCAUGAACAGCAAGAAGGAAACCUUUGUGCUCAACACUGUCUGAAUGCGCUGCUACAAGGACCAUACUUCACUGCCAUUGAUUUGGCAGAAUUGGCAAGACAAUUAGAUCAAAAAGAGCAGGACGCAUUGGGCAACACCGGUUCAAGGUUUUACCCUGUCAAAAGCCAGAACAUGGACGACUCUGGUUUCUUUUCUGUACAGGUUCUUAGUCAUGCUUUGACCAUUUGGAAUAUUCAAAUUAUCCCUUGGGGAUCCAAGGAAGUGAGCGAUGCAAAAGCAGAACCAGAACGUGAAACUGCAUUUAUCUGCAACUUGAAUGAACAUUGGUAUACAUUGCGCCGCUUUGGUCCAUCAACACAACGAUGGUAUGAUCUGAAUUCAAUGCACUCUCAACCUCGCCACAUGUCUGCAACUUACUUAGGCAUGACUUUGUCACAAUUGGAAGCCGAAGGGUAUUCUAUCUUUGUCGUGCGGCCUCUUAACAAACAGGAGACUACUACGGCAGCAGCAACAGGAUCUACGGUAUUAAAGUCAUCUGCAUCAAUACCAUCCAUGGCCUCAGAACAAACAAUUGGAACGACCAACAUCUCUCCUCUUUCUGGAUCAAUUUCUUCUUCUUCUACUACUACUACUACUACUACUACUACUACUACUGCUGCUGCUACAGGGCCAUCAUCCUUUUUAUCGGAGCGUCAAGAAAUGGAGCGGAUAAGGAGACAAAGGAUUGAAGAGCGUGAACGUGCAGCUCAGCAAAAAUCUGACCCUUCAUUAUCAGCCAUUAGUGGACAGAACAAUAACUCUAAACGGGCACGUGUUGAUGAUUCGGAUGAGUCUAAGGAUGCGAAACGCUCAUCAAAGGAUGUAUUAGUAACUACACCUUCUUUCCUACCAAGAUCAGAAGCGGAUGAGAUGGCUGCUACGUUGCCAGUCAUGGUGGAGAGCAGCAUAGGCACUGCUGGUUCAGAAUCAUCUCAGAAGCAGCAACAGCAGCAAGCCUUUGGUGGCACAGGAUAUCGAUUGGGGGAAUCGGCUGCUGGCGAUAGUAGUAAUGAUGGCAGCACUGACAUCUCAUCGCUCCCUCCUGGAUAUUCAUUGGAAGAUGUAGUGGACGAGAAUGAUCCAGAUUGGGAGAUGAUGCAGCAGGCAAUUGAAAUGUCUCUUCAAGGUAGUCGAUAGUCUACAG